AUGAGCAUCUGCGUCCGGGGCACCACGAAUCAGAAGAGCACCACCACGAGGGGGAGGAAGAAGCGCAUGGAAGUGGCCACGAGCAGCACCACCACAACGGCCUGGACCCACAAGGCGUGGCACCGGCUGGUGCACUUUCUGGGCGAGGUCAGGGACCGGCUGCUACUCACGCACGUAGUCACCCCCAACGCUCCCGUUUGGGACAUCAUCAAGUGUGGGUUGGUCAGUAUUGUGGUGCUGCUGGCCGACAAGGCCACCAAGAACCCGGACCACCUUUCGGCCGUGUUCACGGCGUUCCUGUGCAUUUCGCCGCUCACCUCGUCCGGCUUCUUCAUCGGGCUCAACAUCUGGAUCGCUGCCAUGAUCGGCACAUUCAUCGGCACGGCCGUGAGCGCGGCCGCCUACAUCGACCCCGACGACCCCGACUUCUUCUGGUGGCUCAUCUUCAAGACACCAAUCGCGGCGUGUCUCACGAUGUAUGCCCUGCUGGUGGCCAAGCGCUACACUCCCGGCGACAUCUCUUCGGGCCUCUUCUCUGCUAUCUUCGUUCAGGCACGGCACCCUCGCGUCACGCCAGUGACUGGCGCGGAUCUGCAGAUGAUCCUCUUCGAGUACGAGCCGAUGGAGGACGUCAAGGACACGCCGCGUAUGCUCGUGCUAACCACGCUGAUCGUGCGCAUCAUCGCCCUCACGACCGCCGUGCUCGCGUCCACGUUCGUCAACUUCAUCGCCUCCGGCUGGGCCGUCAAAUCCAUCUUCACCGCUCGAACGUACUUCGCCGAGGCGGUGAUAUGGGAAUCGUUCAGCACUCUCUCCACAGUCCCGACGAGCCCCGAAGCCCAGCAGACCUUCGGGCUUCUCGUGGGCCUCCUCAGCGACGUGCGGAUGGCGCGCAAGGAGCCGUACCUGACCAAGGGCACCAAGGAGACAUUAGACCAGAUUCUGAAGCGACUGGAGCACGUCUUCUGUCUGCUGAGCCUCCAGGUCAUGCUCUGCCUUCUGUCUGAUGAGCUGGUGCUCAGCGAGGAGGAGCGACGGAGCCUGAAGCAGCUGCUGGACACGAGCCACAUUCGAAACCUGGCGCAGAUCGACUACGCCAAGGCCCACCCGCCAGAGGGGGCGCAGCCACAGGAGGAAGAGGACCACCACGCCCCGCACCCUAUCGAGCCGGAGGACAUGCCCGCCACCGUGCAGCUCCUCGCUCGUUGCCUCCGAUUCAACCUCCAAGAGCUCGAGCAACAGAAGGUGAACUACCGCUACCGGCCCAACUCAAUCUGGUGGAACUGGUGGUUUUGGUGA